AUGCCGGCGCAAAAAGGAGGUGUAAUCUUCUGCUUGUUCGUGAUAGCAAAUUGCAACCAGACCGGCGCAUCCGCGCCAGAUUUGAGUACUUGCAAGACGGAAUAUGUGCAAGCCGUGGUCAACCGUGGCGCCCAAUCAUGCCCUCAACGCGGCAUCUGCUGA